AAAAAACAAAGAAGGAAAAGUACGAAGGUGACCAACCGAGGACUUUUGUUUCGUACUCAGAAACAUCUUGAAAUAAAUACGAGUUAUAAAUAAAUCCAACUGCUACCUAGUAACGGCGUUGCGUAUCAAUCCGACCACCGCCAGAAUGUCAUCGAUCCGGAGCAGGAAAAACGAAAUGCGGGUCCAAAUCGCCCCUCUGCUCGUCGCGAUUUCGGUGUUCUACUACCUUGUGCCCUGCCAACUGUCGCCACAGGAGAUGAAGACAUUGGUCCUCGCCGAACAGGUUUUGAAGCAAAAGAAAAACCUCCGGGUCUCGAAAGCGACGUCGACGACGACGAACAAGGAGACCGUGGACGCAGAACUACAAACAAGUGCCGCCGCGGGGGAAGAGAAAUUCCUGAUUGCCGUCCUGCCCUCUCCGGCGAUGUCGACCGCCGAGGACACCUCUUCUCCCGGAGGACGAGGCUCUUCUGCUCUCAUUUCGCAUGAACACGAGGACGACGAUGAGCAGUCCGUUUUUUCGGACGAGGUCGACCUCGAAAAACGCGCAUUUCCAUGAUCAAGAAUCUGCAUCCGAGGCAGCGGGUGUUGACCAGCUGGGUACCACCGAGCAGAAGAGCAGUUGGAUCGACAAGCAUGCCGAACGCGGAGAUGAAUCUUCCCCCCUUUCGCGGACGUCGUCUGGCUCUGGUUUUUUCAGAAGGAGCCCCAGUAGCACCUCUUCCAGCACCGGCAGUUCGGGCAGCUCCUGGAAUCCAUUUCCUCGCGCGAGGCCUUUCAUCGUGCAAAGCGCCGAGUCGCGCAGCAUCGAAAGGCAGGCCACAUUGGCGCAAGAAAUGCAGGCGCUCAGGGAGACGAGAAGACUACAGCGACAACUACAGAGAGAGGAAGCAGGUCAGGCACAAGCCCAAGCAAGCGCAACCGAUGAAACUGUCGGCACGCCGGGCUCCCAGGGCACAUCACCGACGAGCCGAAGCUGGAGAUUAUUUCCCACCGGCACACGAACACGAUCAUCACAAGUUGUUCCAGCGCCUAGUUCCUUCGUGGAAGUCCAGCCGUCUCCUCCUCUGGAAAACGGGAACGGACAACUCGGCCAGCCACUUGUUUCUCCGUCUCCUGCUGGGUCAGAUGAUCACAGUGCAACUGCCGGUGUUCUUUCCGAGCAACAACCCGCGGGUGUGCUUGAUCAGCUCGCAGCUUCCAGCCCGGCACUGCCACUGCCAGCGCACGUACAAAUGGAGCCGACAAAGAACGGGAAGCUCCACCACCCGUUCCACGAACUCCCGGACCAGAUCGCGCAGGGCGUGCAAGAUGCCAGCGGCGCGGAAGUCGAAGUUUCUUCUGCGGUUUGGCUGGAAAAAGGCCAACGCUCGUACGUCGACGCGGACCAACAGAGCGGUCCGGUGGUGGACCUGUCCAGCACCAACGGAAAAAACUCGAACCCGAUUUUUGCGGAAAGCAACGACGACAAGCAAUCCGUGUUCUCGGACAAGGCGAGGCUUGAUGAAGAUGCGAAUCCUGGCGCAGCAUCUUCCGACGCAGCGGGAAUGGACCACCCGCUGCUCGCCGGGCAGAAGAGCAGUUCUUGGGCCGAAAAACCAUCGGAGGCUCUCGCAUUGUCUGCUGCGGCUCAAGCGAUGCCCAUUUCCCAGCAUGAGGAUGAAAACGCAUCUUCUUCGAAGAACCUGGCUGCGAGCAGUACUUCUUCUCCUACCCGGCCGCGGCGCCUGCGGAAAAAUGCGUCGAAGAAGAAAGGGUCCUCGUCCGACAAGAACCAGGGGGGCCCGGCGACUUCCAAACUUGGUGCUGGAGUGGCGGAGGGGAAAGACAAUCCAAGCAAGAUGAACUACCCGGCCCUUGAUUGGUUGCAGGUACAACUAUAAUGCUGCAACCACUUUACAGUGCAGUUUUCGAAGAGGAUCACAUGGAUGAUAAGUAGGUGCUUGUGCUGCGUCAAGGUCUCCAGUUGCAGGUACUUAAAAACUAGAAUAAGAAAGAAAGAUCGAAGCGGGACAUGCGAUAACUAAAGUAAAUCUAAAGCAAAAUAAUUCCAAACUACAGCUUUCCACGGGUUUCGGCGCUUCCAGCGAUCUUUUUCACGAAACCGACGCCACCCGGAUCACACGCCUCCAGUUGAUGGUGUCGGCGCACACGCAGGCAAUUCUUGUCUUGGAAGACGCCGAACAUGCCGCAGCCGACGUCGCGAACUUCCAAGCCGCCACGCUGGCCCACUUGGACGCGCAACCGGCACCGCAGCUGGAUGCCGCCUUUCGCACCAUGCUCGACCACAGUGUUCGCAAAGCCGCGUGGCGCGUGAAGGUGGCAGCCAAAGCCGUCAAGCCGUUUGAGCAAAUGUUACACAACGAGGCAGCCGUGUACGGCGACCCGGCUAUCGGCGAGAAGUUGGCUCGCAUCUCCGACCCGCGCCUCGUGGAAUUCGUUGUGGCCGACAAAAAUCACAACUCCGUGCUGGAGUAUGACGAGUGCCCGUCUGUCGUGCGGACUGUGGCGGGGAGUGGGUCCGGGACGAGUGCGGAGAGCUUGCAGGGCGAGGGUAUUUCGCAGGAGGAAUUUCUACACGUCGUGACUUCGGGUGGAAGGGGUGCGGGUGAUGCAUCCGGCACUCUGGGCAAUGUCGAGUCGUCGCUUCUGGAAAUGCAGCCGCGCAACGACAACACGGUCCGUGCCCUCGCACGCGGUCAAGCCGGCCCUGCCUGCUGGGAAGACAAUUCGUCGACGACGACUGGAUCGUCGUCACCCAGCAGCAGCUUAAUAAGGCGUUCCUUCAGCAGCCCCUUGAGCAGCACCGUCCGCGCAAUUUCCAGUGUGGCUACUUAUACCCAACGAGCCGCAAGAGGAUUUUUCGAGGACAGCCCCGAGACACAGCAGUUGAAAGAUGAGCGGUUGGCUCAGCAGUUGAGUCAGCGGUCUCCUUAUCACGACGGUCUUGGCGGAGUAUUGACCCCUGGGCGACAUACGUGGCAAGCUGCAAAUGAUAAUGCAGGACGUGAUACUGAACGCAUUGUGCAGACGCAGCGGGCGAGGGCGGGGUCCCGCAGUCGCGGACGCCCGCCAGGAAUGUGAUGUUGUUUUGAUGUGCAACGGAGGAAGUGACAACCUUUCGUGUGAUUAAAAUAAAUGCGAAAUGAAUAUUACGUAAGUUUAAGUAACAAGAUUGAGCUACAAUUACAAAGUUCUGUCUCGGGCUUUGAACAGUUUGAUGUGUCCUUCUUAUGAAAAUUCAUCGAGUGUGAUUUCUCUACUUGCAAAUUAAGAUACUUACUCAGUUCUGACUGUGCCACGUCUCAAGAUAGAUGGAACCAACAUGUAACAAUGUCGUCGGUAAGAAUCAGGAUAAGCACAUGUCGCAAUGGAAAAGACCCUAGGCCAGCAGAGAUUUCUUGUUUGCUUGCGCCAAUCUCGACUCUGUGUAUUUGAUAGCGCUACUGUGAUAUUUCAGGACAAUCCAUUAUAGUACAAGUACUCCGAGGACGAGGCACGGCUCCGUUGCGGGGUUUUCGAAUCGGAGGAUGUCCAAAAUAAGCUGCGGCGCCGCCUUCUCCACGAUCCGGCGUGCAUGCGCACUGACCUCCAUGUCAAGUGGUGCUGGCGUCCUGGCUGUGCCUGAUUUAGGUCUGCCCGGGGGCGCGCGUGACCUCUCAUGCCCAAUUUAAGAGUACUGCAUCGCCCCGAAAACGAGCGCUGUAGUGGUCCGCUCAAGAGUUUGAGAAAACCGCUUCGGAGGCUCUUGCGAUUCACUUCACUUCACCCAGAACAAACUAACAUCCGACGCCGCGCGCGCAGAGCGCCUGAAUUUUUUUUCGCUGAUUUGGAAGACACUUGCAUACUGAACCGUUACAUAGGCUUUCUCCGGAGUAGAGCAGGCUUGCUGGAGAGAGACUGCAGGAUCCAUCGGACAUAUGCUUCUGCAGUGCGCGCCAGUGGCAGUGCUAUCUUUCCAAACUGCGCCGUGUGAGGCAGGGGUGAGAGGGAGAAAAGGGGUAUCCGCAAAUGCUCCGGGUUUCCGUUCAUUGCAAUCAUGGUUGCGCAGCCUGUAUCUCUAUCUCGUACAUGAUCUGGUAACCAAAUGCGUGCGCGCGCGAUAUUAGAUGGGUACUAAACUUGAAACUAAAAAAGUUUUACAGCAAAACCAGCAGACCAGCGAGCAGAGAACUCGCAUGAAGCAGAGGCAGAUCAAUUUUACACGCUUAUGUACAUAGUAUAUUAGCUUGUUUCAGAUUCAGAAUAAAGAUGCUCCGCAAGUUUAUCUUGCUCCUGUAUACAGAGUUGGCGUUUAUUAUUCAGAACACUAUGCUUAUUUCGCAUUCGCAGUGCAGCAGCUGUUGUGCUAGUAGAACGUACUAGACCGAGU